CGGCUUCAUCACUUCGGCUUCGAUUCUCGUUCAGUGCGGUGGUACGUGUCGUUAUCAGUUCAUCUUGUAGAGUUGAAAAUCUCGGUUAAGUGAUCUCUAUAGAUUGUUACAAAACUAUUCGGAAGUGUUAUCAUCUGAUCCGCAUCCUUCAUAGUCUUGCAACAAAUCAAUUUGUUGAUUGUCGUCGGGAAGUAGAACCAAGUUAAUUUUCAUCAUGAGCGAGGAACACCAAAAUGGCGAUCACCAGAACGGCGAUGAGGAGAUCCGGGAGCCAGAGCACCUGCGCAAGCUGUUCAUCGGCGGUCUGGAUUACCGCACCACCGACGAAACACUGAAGGCGUACUUCGAAAAGUGGGGCAAAGUAGUCGAUGUCGUAGUGAUGAAGGAUCCAAAAACUAAACGUAGUCGUGGUUUCGGAUUCAUCACCUACUCAAAACCCUACAUGGUUGAUGAUGCACAAUCGAAGCGACCCCAUAAAAUUGAUGGACGCCAGGUUGAGCCAAAACGGGCCGUUCCUCGGCAAGAUAUCAAUCGCCCGGAGGCUGGAGCUUCAGUAAAAAAGCUGUUUGUUGGUGGUUUACGCGACGACUUUGAGGAGGAGCAUCUGCGUGACUAUUUCAGCAAGUUUGGGAAUGUAAUUUCGGCAUGCAUCGUUACGGAUAAGGAGCAUAAUAAAAAGCGUGGCUUCGGUUUCGUCGAAUUCGAUGAUUACGAUCCUGUCGAUAAAAUCAUUCUGCAAAAGAGUCAUUCCAUUCAGAACAAACUUUUGGAUGUAAAGAAAGCCUUACCGAAACAGGAAAUGGAUCGUUACAAGACUGAGGGAGGUCCUCGCGGAGGUGGCGGCGGUGCUUGGGGUAACCAGCAACGUGGUGGUGGUCCCAGUCAAGGUUGGGGUCAGCAGGGUGGCCGAGGAAGUGGUGGUUGGGGACAGAGCCAGCGCGGCGGACAGAAUGAUUGGAACACAGGAGGAUUCCAGCAACAGGGUGGAUUUAAUCAGGGCUAUGGAAAUGGUGGUGGUUACAAUGCUGGCGGUAGUGGCAAUUGGGGUAGCCAGGGAGGAAAUCCAUGGGAUCAAAACUGUGGUCAGCAAAACUGGGGUAGUCAACAGGGAGGUUGGGGUGGACAAGGCAGUGGUGGCGAGUUUGGCAAUAAUUUUGGUAACAACUACCAACAAGGCUAUAGCGCUGGUCCUAUGCGAGGUGCCACCGGUGGCUACAAUAAUCAGAGGUCGGCCCCCUAUGGUAUGGAGUCAUACAACGGAAACCAGGGUGGAUUUGGAGGAAGUGGAGGCGGCUAUGGUAAUACUGGUGGCAAUCGUCGGUAUUAAAGAAAACUUGACUGCUAACGAGGGCUUUUUUCAAGUACAACAUUCAACCGAGAGACGACAGGCUGGACAACAAGCUCUUUUGUAUAAGGUAUGUGGCAAAGAGACAGGAACAGAUAUAAGUAAAUCAUAUAUGCAAGAACAGGAUGAGAGACAGAGGAAGUAAACUCAGAAGAAGCGCAGCUCAGAAUCAGUAUCAGAAUCUCCUUUUUAACUAAUUUAGUACGUCUGUGUGUCGAUCUCGGCAGUGAGGAAGUUGUUUACAACCAGCAGGUGAAAAUCUAUCAGUAAACAGACAGACAAUGACACCCAGCGCAGAUACACACAAGUGUAGCAAGGAGCAUGAGAAUCACGAUGAUGAUAAUGAUUAUGAGCUAAAAUUUAACUGAAAAAAAGGAAACAUUCAGGAUUAAGAAGGAGACGAUACCAACCGCAAUUUGAGUGCAGGGUGAGUGAAGAAAGCAUUCAACCAGAACUUAUACAUUUUAUCUGAGUUAAUCAAGGAUAAUCAAAAGCAGAACGAAAGAAAGGAUAUUUUCCGUUGCCGAUACCAGAUGAACCCACGAGUAUAAUAGAAAAAGGCAACAAGGACGCAGCAGCAAAAAGAAGUUUGGUUUUUUAUUUGAUAGCGCAAGCGGAGGAACUUAAGAGAGUUGGAGCAUUAUUGUGAACCAGAAGAUAAUGCAGGAAAAAAGAAAUAAUGUGAAGAUUCCUAUUAGCAAUCAGACAAUGAAAAACAAUCAGUGGCAGUGUAAUUUCUUGGUAGGGCCAAAUGAUUAUAACGAAAAGGCAAUUGUGUAUUGUAAGUUUAGUUCUUGAACUGAUUGCAGCAACUCAUUUCGAUCUGUUCAAAUUGUAGGGUGGAGUUUAUGAAAGCAAGUGCGUUCGGGCAGAUCUCCGUUAUUUAAAAAUAACGAUACCUCUUACGAAAUUUCCUUCGUUCGCAAGGAAGAAUUUUCACAAUUUUUUUUAUGUAACACUGCACUAUUGGAAACAUGCCGACAAAUCUUACACUUUAGAUACACUAAGCAUUGAGUAUGAGGAAUAUCGUUUUCCCAAAUAAAUCAAGAAUACAUAAUUUCAUAAGAAUUAAUGUUGAGGUAAAAGCUCAUAACAAAUCGUCCAUCUAAACAAAGCAUUCUUGCGUGUAGCAGUUUGAAGAAACCUAUAGAGCAAAUAGAGCAAGUAACGAUUAGUUGAAAAAAAUAAAUACUUUCAAGGAAUAACUGACAGCAGAGCGAGCCAGUAAAGCAGAGCAACCAUAAAUUUGUAUAUACUUUGAACCGACGAAAUUUAUACAUUCUUACUUCUUGAUGCAAUACAUUUUUGAAUUUGAUUAAAGCAACAAAGUUUUUCCCUUAUUAACUUAAAGUGUACUCGGGAUCUCUUAUCCUGUGUUUGUUCCGUUAUUUGUCAGAUGAGGGGCACUAAUGGCGGCCCUUUAUUUCUCAGAUGACUUAUACUACUUGUUUGUCAUUUUUGGUUUAUUGCAAAUUUCGACUGGGAGUUGUAUUGGUUGGCUUUCCGUCCCACCAUUCCUUGCUUGAGGUUUUCUCGGAGUAUAGAACAAAGAUGAGCUAGAAAAAUAUUUAAAACAUAUAGACUUAAAGCCCUGCGCCAGCGAUCAGAGUAAUCUUCAGAGAAAAUCGUCUAGUUCUUGUAGAGCGUUAGACCGGGUAUGUCUCAAUAGAGAAAGCAAAUAAAACCUAAUUAAAAAGCAAAAGUUAAGUGUGGAACCAUAAAGAAGAGAAAAAUAUCUGUACUAAACCACGUAGAGUUAAUCAGCAAACUAAGAUUUAAUCAACUAAAUGUUCAAAUCAAGUAAAACAGUAAAUGCAAAAGUAUAGUGCAAAACCGGAAA